GGAGCAAGAGGACGACACAUUGCCACCUCUAGCCAGAAGAGGUGGAUGAGCCAGUGGGGUGUGGUGUUACGAUGAACUACAAAAAUUAUUCUCUAUUACUAGGACAUCUUACAAGUCAAACACUCCUGUGGAUGUAGCUGUCGUUUGAGUAUUGGUGAUCAUCAAAUCCAAUAGUGUAAAGUAGAUUCCAAAUGGCAUCAGGUGUUAAUGAUCAUCAUCACACAGUGGACACCUGGAGAAAACGGAUAAAUACACAUCUUACUUUAAAAGAAGUUUUAAAAGCCGUUUCCAAAAAGAGUCACAGAGUGUUGGUGUUCACAAUCAGUAAUGAAGGAGACACUUUCUGGUUUUCCCCCUGAAGAAUGUAUUUGGCCCUUCAAGGAUCUGAUGUUGUGUCUCCCCUGGGAACAUGAACCACACUUGCAGCUCUCCGGCAACAAACCUUACCACGGACCCUCUCGGGGGUCAUCAGGUGUGGGAGGUGGUUCUGAUUGUGCUUGUGACUGGACCUCUUUCCUUAAUUACCAUCCUGGGCAACUCCCUGGUGGUCAUCUCCAUCCGAGUCAACAGUCAGCUACAGACUAUCAGUAACUACUUUCUUCUGAGUCUAGCAGUGGCAGACUUGAUCUUGGGUACGGUGUCAAUGAACCUAUAUGCUGUAUACAUAAUCAUGGGCCGCUGGACAUUGGGACAUUUAGCUUGUGAUCUGUGGUUGACACUUGACUACGUAGUGAGCAACGCCUCCGUAAUGAACCUGCUGGUCAUAAGCUUUGACCGUUAUUUCUCAGUCACCCGACCACUGACUUAUCGGACAAAGCGAACUCCGAAGACAGCAGUGGUAUUGAUCGCUGUAGCAUGGGUGGUAUCGUUUGUGCUAUGGGGGCCAGCUAUCUUGUUUUGGCCUCAUGUAAUGGGACGACCAUCGGGAGCUGAAGCUCAGACCUGUUCCAUCCCGUUCUUGAAGGUACCUCCACUAACGUACGGUACGGCCAUCGCUGCAUUCUACCUACCCGUCAGCAUCAUGAUCAUUCUGUACUGGCAAAUUUAUUGGGAAAUUGAGAACAGAGCGAAAGGACUUGCUAGUUUAGUUGGGUCUGUGAAAAGCACUACAGGUGUUCUGGAUGGGUUGGACAAACAAUCAAUGCACCAAACCAGUACCAAGAGUAACUUGAGUCGCUCAAAGGAAGAAAAUUCCAUAAAGGGACAAGGCUUUGCCAAAGGAAUGUCAGUUGGGUGUUUCAAUACAACGAGAAACAAAACAGCAGCAAUUUUGCAGAAGUCAGCUCAAGAGAGUUGCAACAGCAGCUGGAACAUUGGAGAUGAGGAUGAUAGCACCUUGUCUUCUUCCACAGACGAGGAACAUGAGCAGAACAACAGGGCAAAAGCACCUUCCUCCAAUCCAGCAGCAAUUAAGUUGAAGGACCUGGACAGUAGAUCAGGGGAUACCGAGGGUGUGCAAGAACAAUUCAACUCAUCAGCGGAGCAUCCCACCAGACAGUGCCACUUAAAAACACCUCGAAAGUCAGAACAAAGCAUUUGCCAUCAGCUCAGAGCAAAACAUCGCAUCAGUGCGAUCAUUAAAGAAAAAAAAGCAGCCCGGACGCUAAGCGCCAUCUUGUUGGCUUUCAUCCUCACGUGGACGCCAUACAACAUCAUGGUUUUAGCUUCCAUUUCAUACUGUGUUCCUGAAAAACUCUGGCAGUUGGGAUACUGGCUGUGCUACGUAAACAGCACUGUCAACCCCAUGUGCUAUGCCCUCUGCAAUGAGUCCUUCCGGGUCACCUUCAAGGCUCUGCUACUUUGUCGGCGUGGAGAUAAACGAAAGUGGGACACAAACAGCUGGAAUCGCCAUGCCUCUGUGAGGCAGAAUAAGUCUUGUACAGUGUAAUUUUUCACUUUACCAUUUGUCAUUCCGUGGUAUGGGUGCCUUCAAAGAUCAGGAUACAGUGCUUCAAUUGGCAGACAAUAGUUUACUAAGGAACAACAUAGGGUUUGUUUUAACUCUGAAUAGGCCUGAAUCAACUUUUAUAACUACAUUUCUGUGUGCCUCUGCUUUUACACAAUUUGAAUCUUGUCAGACACUAAUGAGAAGUCAUUACUUAACCUGGUGGUCAUAGCUCUUUGGCUACAUCAAAAUAAUUUUUGGCCAUUUUCAUUGUGCUUAUUAAAUGGUACUUUUAAAAAAAUUUGCAUGGAAUAUAUAUUUUGUAA